GGGAGAAGCGAACCGUGACUCCUCUGGAGCAGGAAGACGGGAGGUUCCUGGAUGGGACUUACAGCUGUGUGCAUGGGAUCUGACGUAUAGUUUUGGCUCUUCCCACUCUGAAGGCACGGCAGUAUCUCAACGGUGGGAGAUAAGCUGUGGACACGUGGCUGUUUUACAUCUUCAUUGUGUCUAGUGACUGGAGCAAGGUUCUGAAACAUUCACUACUCUCAUCCCGUUCCCUUCUGGAGGUUGACUAAGAUGCGUCAAGCUCUCUGAAGGACCAGCAUGGAGAUUGGCACUCAGAACUGUUAAUGGGGACAUGGGACUCACGUCGCCGUUGAUCAUUUGUGUGGACUUAACCAGCAAAGCCCAACAGAAGACGCUAGAAAGGCAGUUGGAAUUAUAGCAGUUUUUCAGGUCACCAAAUCUUGUUAUUUUAAUUUCUGUCUGGAAGAAUGUCUGAGCAAGGUAAAUUGAACCAGGAGACAGCAGAGGAAGCUGCAAAAGAGCAGGAGACUGCCAUCUCUGAAGCCAACCCAGAUAACUGUGUUCUUAAUAAAUCUGAAAGCUCCGAAGUAGAGGAAGAGAAGCUCAGUGAUUCCAAGACAGAUCCGCAGGUGUUACUGCCAACAAAAAGUUGUUAUGCAAAGCCUAAGAAGAAACGAGGUGCAAAUCAGCAGAAAAAGAGAUCCAAGUCAGGAGCUAAGGGAAAACUCGUGCGGAGUCUUGCUGUGUGUGAAGAGUCAUCCCCUCGCCCGGGAGCGGAAAACCUUCAUGACAACCAGGAAUCAAUCCAGCUACAGCUUUCAAGUUUUCCUAGUUUGCAAGAAGAAGAUAAAUCUAGUAAAGAUGACUCCGAGAAAGAAAAAGAGAAGGAUAAAAAUAAAGAUAAAAACAGUGAAAAAAGCAAGAUCAGAAUGUUAUCAAAAGAUUGCAGUCAAGAAUAUACAGACUCAACAGGCAUAGAUUUGCAUGAGUUUCUCAUUAACACAUUAAAGAAUAACCCCAGGGACAGAAUGAUACUCUUGAAAAUGGAACAGGAAAUUAUUGAUUUUAUUAGUGACAACAAUAAUCACUAUAAAAAGUUCCCUCAGAUGUCGUCGUAUCAGAGGAUGCUAGUGCACAGAGUGGCAGCUUAUUUCGGAAUGGAUCACAAUGUGGAUCAGACUGGAAAAUCUGUAAUUAUCAACAAGACCAGCAAUACAAGAAUACCAGAGCAAAGGUUUUCUGAACAUUUAAAAGAUGAAAAAGGUGAAGAAUCCCAGAAGCGAUUUAUCUUGAAGCGAGAUAACUCUAGUAUUGAUAAAGAAGACAAUCAGCAAAACAGAAUUCUUCCAUUUAGAGAUGACAGACGAAGUAAAUCAAUUGAAGAGAGAGAAGAGGAGUAUCAGAGAGUGAGGGAGAGAAUAUUUGCACAAGAUUCAGUUUGCUCCCAGGAAAACCUUUUUGUGGAAAACAGUAGGCUGUUGGAAGACAGUAGCGUAUGCAAUGAUACGCAUAAGAAAAGACAGCUGUUUAGGGGUAACAGAGACAGCAUCGGGAAGACAUCUGGCAGUCGACAGAGCAGUACAGAGAACGAAUUAAAGUGGACAGACCACCAGAGGCCAUGGAGCAGCACAGACUCGGACAGCUCAAAUCGGAAUUUGAAGCCAGCCAUAACAAAGACAGCCAGUUUUGGUGGGAUAACCGUCCUAACAAGAGGAGAUAGCUCAUCAAGUAACAGAAGUACCGGCAAACUGUCUAAAACAGGUAGCUCAGAGUCUUCCAGCAGUGCUGGCUCCUCAGGAUCACUGUCACGAAUACAUCAGCCUCUCCAAAGUGCACCUCUCGUCCCCGGGGUAGCGGCCAAUUCUUCAGGCAGCGUGUCCUACCCUGAGAACGGGAUGAGUGGCCAGGUGGCCCCCAGCAACACCAGCUAUAUCAUUCUUCCACUUGAAGCUGCAGGGAUACCGCCUGGCAGUAUCCUUCUCAACCCACACACAGGUCAACCAUUUGUAAAUCCUGAUGGGACGCCGGCAAUAUACAAUCCUCCCAGUGGCCAGCAGACAAUGAGGAGCCAGAUGGUGGGACAGUCUCAGCAGCAGCCUUCACCCCAGCAGCCUCAACAAGUUCAACAGCCGCAGCAGCAAAUGGCAAGUCACCUUGUCACACAGCCUGUUCAGACAAUGCAGCCAUCUUCUCAGUCAGUUCAAUAUCCAGCAGUUUCUUAUCCUCCCCAGCAUCUCCUGCCAGUCUCUCCAACACAGCAGUUUUCUGUGCCAUCAUGUCUCCAUCCUUCUCUCCUGCCUUCUGCCCCGCAGCGAGAUGACAUGACAGCGCAGUUUAACCAGAUGAGCUUAAGCCGUCAGUCAUCAGGAGACAACCCCGAGUCGCCUUCUGGCCCCGUGUACCCCUCGCCAAUCCUGCAGCAGCCUGCCCAGCAGACAGGUUACAUCAUGGCCUCCCCGAGCCAGCAGCUUCCCCCAGGAGGCUUUACGGGUUCAGGACCACCGGUGUCCCAGCAAGUGCUGCAGCCGCCGCCGCCGCCCCAGGGCUUUGUGCAACAGCCACCGCCACCUGCUCAGAAUAAGAUGCCAGUGUAUUAUUACCCAUCUGGUCAGUACCCUACCUCAACAACUCAGCAGUACAGACCCAUUGCCUCAGUUCAGUACAACGCACAGCGGAGUCAACAGAUCGCCCAGACUGCCCAGCAAGCAGGUUACCAGCCUGUCCUGCCGAACCAGCAGCAGGGGUUCCAGGGUCUCAUGGGAAUGCAGCAGCCGCCCCAAAGCCAGAACCUGAUGAAUAAUCAACAGGGAAAUCAGGUGCAAGGCAUGAUGGUGCAGUAUCCAGCCAUGUCGUCUUAUCAGGUGCCAAUGACCCAGGGUUCUCAAGGAUUGCCGCAACAAUCAUAUCAACAACCAAUCAUGCUACCUAAUCAAUCAGGUCAAGGAACACUUACAGCCACUGGAAUGCCUGUCUACUGUAAUGUCAUACCUCCUGCCCCACAGAACAACCUCCGGUUGAUUGCCCCACACUGCCCCUCCAAUAACGUUCCAGUUAUUUCUGCCAGCUGCAGGACAAACUGUGCAAGCAUCAACAAUGCAGGGUGGCAGGUCAAGUACUGACACUGUGGCUUAGAUAUAUGAGGAUAGCGGUGCAUUAUUUGACAAAAAAAUCAUGGCCUUCAAAUGAAGAGGAACACAACAGAAUAAUCAGUUGAGGACACAAGUACUGACUAUGCUCAAGUGAUUUGCUGCUGGAAAAAUCUGUAAAAAAAAAAAAGAAGUAAAAUAAAUUUUGAAAAAAAAAAAUGUUUGCUGGUUAAUGGUGCAUAUUUUUGUCAUGUCUGCUAGGUAUGCCUUUAUAGCUUAGCUAGUGACAUGAAUUCAUUGAGGUAAGAUUUUUUCCUACCACUGAACACCACUGUGUAGAUUGUAAUAUCCCUGAUUCGGAUUAGUUUUGUACUUUGUGUUGAGUUUGUGAAGCUAAAAGUAUUUAAAAAUAUAAUAAAAUCACAUUGUACCAAAGCUGUAAUGGAAAUGAAAAAAAAAUUGAAAACAAAAAGAGAAUUACUGGAUGGAAGGAAUAAUUUAUAUACACUAUAGAGUUUUUUUAUGGAUAUAUACUGUAUUGUAGUGCUUAAUCACAAUAAAGCUAUUUGACCUCAUGAAGGAAGGUCAUGUUUCUA